CACGAUGUUCCAGAAGCGCAAGAUGGUGGCGAGCGUUUGCGAGUCGGAUAGGUGCGGUUCCGCCGUCGGAGCGGUUAAAAUUGUCGCGUUAGCGUGACGUUACACCGACGUGUGAUACAACGCGUGUAGGAACGCUUCGAGAAGGUCGGGAUAUUCGGCCGAGUCACCGUGGGAGAGUCGCCCUGCUGCAACCCUUACGAUUCUGCCCUUACGUGUCAGCUGACAACUGUUUGUGUACGCGCGUUGCUGCGUACAUCGCGUGUAUAGUCGGAAAGUCCGUGGAUGACAAGCAACAAAGCUCCGCGACGUGACACAGUCUUGUCGAUCUCCUGGGCUAUUCAUGUAUUUUUUUCGUGAAUGCUGAAGCGUAUGAUAAAAGAGCGCUGAGUAAGUCUAGGAAGCGCUAGAAAGUCUACCGUUAUCGAAGGGGUAUUGUCCCGCGAAGGACAGGUACCUGUAAGGGUAGAACACCUUACGAAGAACACGGCGAUUCGGCAUCGAUUCAAUGAGACGUGGCAGAUUCGUUUGGAUAGCAAAGAAAGUUCGGCAGCAAAGUCAUGGAAAAAUUGGAGACGUUGGGGUGGUACUUGUCUGAUCAUGGUUAUAAUGUAGCAACCGAUUCAGGAAAUAUAACCGACACACAGAGGAUUGUCAAGCGACUGUUGGAUAUCGACUUGAGAGAAGUUGGCAGUGGUAAUGGGGAUCUUAAUCAAGGCAAUAUUAUCUUACAAAUACAAAAGAUACGCAAUGUUGCUGCGCCCAAGGGAAAUGAGGAAUCCAGAGCAGCUCCAAGAAUGUUAAAAUUAUCAUUGACAGAUGGCAAAAAUAAUUUUCAAGCCUUAGAAGUUGAACAUAUAUCACCUAUAAGUUUGAACACUCCACCUGGUACAAAAAUAUUAAUAAAAUCAGGGAUCUUACCUGUGUCGCAUGGAAUUAUCUUAUUAAGACCAUCACAUAUAGUUCAUGUACUUGGGGGAAGGGUUGCCAAUCUAGUGGAGAAAUGGGAAUUAAAUAAGAAAUUAGCUUCACACACUCGAGUAAGAUCCGCCGAAGAAGGUGGGCCUCCGCCAUGGAUACCAUUUGGCAGAAAGAUCAUAAAAGUCUCCGAGCAAGAUAAGAACUUUAAAGCUCUGGCAGAGAAAGAAAAACCUAGUAAAGAAAAUUCAGAGUUUGAGGCUCAACGUAAGGACGCAAUCGCGGAGGCUGCUAAACAGGGCAGCAAGAAAGUGUUUGGAGGUGGAAAUAAGCAGUUGUUAGAUCAUAGUGUACAGAAAAUCGUAGAUCGUGGAUUCACCAUAGAACAAGCGGAAUAUGCUCUAAGGGUGAAUAGAAAUAAUGUAGAUAAAGCUCUCAAGAGCUUGCAGAAAACCGAUAGUAAACAUAACGCCAAGGAUUCCAGAGAGCCGCGAGAGCCACGUGGUAAGCGAUUCGAGAAGAAAACGGAGGAGAGUAAACCUAGUAGUGGGAAGAUAUCUCUUUUCGAUUUCCUGGAGGACAAAUUACCUAUACAGCCCGAAAGCGUAGAUACAACCAGUUCAUUUCAAAACAACUGCGCGCAGAAUAGCGAAAGUAAUCAAGACCGUCUGGAAUCGAGAAACACCGACGCGCAGACUGGGAGAGGUGUGCGGGGCCAAAGAGGAGGACGGGGAUAUCAACCACCUCCGAGACACGCGGAAGAACAUAGGAACAACAAACGAGCGACAAACAGCAGUUCCAUCACGUCUUCGUACUCGCAGUAUAAUAGCGGCGCUAACGUGCAGCAAAACAAACCUCCGAGAUUUCAGCGUAAUCAGGAAUCUCAGCAUCAGUACCAACACAACGGCGGUAGGGAAGCGUAUCAGAAGCCUUCUCAACCAAACGACUAUAGAAACACGUUCGCUCAGUCACGCACAAGUAGCAUAAACACCAGUGAUAGUGGUAACGAGAACUAUAACAAGACUCAGACUGACUCACUGGGAAAAACAAAUCACCUCGGUAGUAACAGAAACUAUAAUCACGUCGAGCCUGACGUAAGCAGAAAUAAGCAGUCUUACGAUGCUUCUUACGGUAGGCAUAAUCGAGCGCCACAAGACGGGGCUUCUAAAGUAUACUCAUCUAACGCGACUGAAAAAACUUUCAAGAAUCAACCUAAGUAUCAGGCAAAUCAUAACGUCGACAAUAGGAUGCCCACGAAUCUCAAUGCGCAAAGAAGUGAAAGUAAUUACAGCAUUCAAAACGCCGACGUUUCCGCGAGUGGUGAUAUGUGGGUAUGGCGAAUAGGUGACAAGUGCAUGGCUAAAUAUUGGGAGGAUAACAGGUAUUACAAUGCCGAAGUCACUGGCGUCUCCGAGAGGACAUGCGUAGUACAAUUCAAAGAAUUCGAGAACUAUGAAGAGGUCCUGCAGGUGGAUUGCAUACCAAUUACCGUAGAUGUUCAAGAGCCCGUUAUAGACGUAAGACGACAAGAUCAACGUUCGAACAAUCGGCAGCCACGUUACGAUCAGAGUCACAAUCACAUAAAUGGUAUGGAAUUUCGACGAGGUGGGAGCGGUACUGCUAGUAGCAAUAAAGGAUACAAUAAGAAACGAAGUCAGCAACGGAGUACUCAACCUAUCUAUCAACCACCGGCGCAAAGGGGCUUCAAUUCUAUGCCAAUUAAUAAUAGUCCAAACAGUACUCAACACAAUUCCUUUCUUUAAUGUAACAUUAGCCUCGCAUCUCUAGUAAAGGAACUACUGAAAUCUUGCGAAAUAUAAUUGAGACAGUUGAAUUUGCUACUGAGGAACGAGAGAUCUAACUGAUUGCCGCGCUAAUAAAAAAGAAGAAAGAUUUAGGUGUCGGUAUUAAUGAGCAAUGAAUUGUGUGCCGUGUUUGAUUUCUACUCUUAAUAUGAAAUACGCGAUAAUCUAACAUGAAACUUAAUAAAGGACGAAUUUUUCACGUCACACACGAGAAAGAAUAAUUGAAAAGAAUCCUAUAUUGUAAAAUAUCGAUUGUGUUCUCAAAACAUAAUAUUUGUAUUGUAGGGAAAUUGAUUCUUAAUACAGGAGAGCAGAGCAAGUGUAUCUCUGUACCUCGUCCACUUUACUUAGCUGUAAUACUAAUAAAUCUUGUAAUAUCUAAUUAAAA